AUGAACUUCAAUCCUCAUAGGCACGGCAUUGAACUCCACCUUCACCUUGAUGGAGGCUUCCGACCGGCAACUCUAUUUUCACUUGCUCAAAAAAAAUCCAUAAGGCUCUGUGCUUCAAAUGUUCGUGAUUUUGAAAAAAGCUUAACUGUGCAGCAGCCGAACAGUCUCGCCGAUUUUUUGUCGAAAUUCGAUGUAAUCAAUCCCCCGGUUCAGGGAGAUGCUGAGGCCAUCUCGCAGCUUACCCUCGACUUCUUGGAAGACUGCGUCAACCGGGGUGGACUAUGUUACGUGGAACUUCGCUUUUCACCUCAAUUGCUCGCUGGUCCCUGUCUUACUCCUGAGGAAACUGUUAAGACCGUAUUGAAUGCCGUAGAAAUAGGAAAGAAAAAGUUUGACAUACAGGCACAGAGCAUCCUAUGCAUGAUGCGACAUAAGCCUGAAUGGUCAUCCGAGGUCGUUCAACUUGCCAAGAGUUACCAGCCUCUUGGUGUUUGCGCCGUCGAUGUCGCAGGUGACGAUAAGCCCUGUGAUGGAAAGAACACAGCCAAAGAGAUAAAAAUUGCAUUUGAAGAGGCAUUUAAAUGUGGCAUCCAUAGGGUCGCCCACGCAGGUGAGAAUGGCGUUGCUGCUGCUGUGACGGAGGCCUUGGAAGAAAUGCAUGCCGAGCGUAUCGGACACGGGUACCAUAUUCUUGACGACCCAGUCGUCUACAAGACAGUACGUGAGAAAAACGUUCAUUUCGAGGUAUGUCAAUCAACAAAACGUUAUAAAAAUUGCUGCGUUUUGAGCUCUGAUUUGUUUGAUUAA